UUUCUCAAGGCCGCCCGCCGCAGCCUGAACUGGCGCUUUCGUUCCAAUGACGGCUUGGGCGAGCGCCGACGCCAAUUGGACACUCGCGAGGACUACAAAACGCCUUGGCAGACACGACGUUUGGGGGCCAUUUUUGGAGUCUGGCGGGAAACCUUUUAAAAGGAGGAGCUUGUGUGCUUUUUUCGACUCAGGAGUAAUGUGGAAGCAACACUCGACACCUCGCGACAGACAACCUACUCCAUCGCAAACACACUAUUCAAGCGAAGAGAGGAAAGUAUGGCAGACUCAACGAAGAAAAACGAGACAAGCGCCAGCUUUGAGCCCUUCAGUCAGUUCCCGCCUGACAUCCGACAAGAGAUUUGGAGCGCUGCUGCCUCCUCGCCGACCUUCACGCCAGGAGUCUGCUUCUUCACGGCAACAUACAAGAAGCCCAGAGAAGAGCCGCUUCUCAUCGUUCAUGAGCCUUGCAACGCGGCCCUCUUGCAGACGAAUACCGAGGCCCACGAUAUCGCGCUGAUGUCCGGCGGGCCGACGCGCGCGUACGACCCCAAGAGGGACAUAUUGUACAUCAGCGAGGGCUCCUACGACAACUUUACGAUGAACGAGUGUGGCUACAACGGGCCGAAGUGGGUGACCCGAAUCCAUCAUCUAGCACUCCCAUACUCCAAGAUGGCUCUGUCGACCCAUCUCCGGUAUGCCCUGGUGCGGCUGACCUCACUCGAGACAAUUUCCAUCGUGUUUCCGAGCUCGCCCGGCACUUUCAGCUAUUCCGCCGCGGUCGAGCUUCCGGCGGACAAGAGCACGCCCCUCAAGCUCAUGACGGAGGAGCAGCAGAAGGGGGUGAUCAUCAAGGCGGACUACACGUACUACACUUGGGCGGGCGACUUCCCGGUCCAAUGGACCAGCGACGGUGUCGAGUAUAUGCAGGCGCAGGAAGCAGGGAUGAACCGUGAAUGCAGCCCGGAAUCCUGCGGUGACGACGUUUCGCCGUUGUGGGAUCAUGAGGCCAAGCGGCUUGGGGUGCGUUGGGAGGCGAGGUGCUUCCGGCCUCUGCCUGCCCGCGAUAGGGUUCACCUGUAAGGGGUUUAUCAGGUGGCGAUGUCUCUCAUUUAGUCUAUGAUGCUGUACGUAGACUCUGAUGAAUCUGACUCUGGUUGUUUCUAUAAUCACAACAGACGAUACUGACCGGUAGCGGGAGAUCCAAGUCCAUAAGUCAAUAAGGAUUUCAUGGGGAAAUUGGGAAAGUGCGUCUCCUUAUUGCGGGUAGAAAUAAGACGAACUCCUGGCCAAGCUAAAGGUUUAGCUUACGACAUCUAGAUGAUCCAGUUCGUUAGAAUUUGUGACAAUAGCGUGCAUGGGAAAAUAAAUUAUCCGAGCACGAAUGUCGAGUUGGUAACACACUGGCGCUGGCAUAAUUUCUGCCUCGGCUCAAGUCCAGCGAGCUGUGCUG